GUUUCUUUUCCUUUUUCUCACCCAAGCAUUAUAAAGAGGAAAUUACUUCGCUUCCUCUCUCUUCUAUAUUUUUAUGCAUCAUUGUUUUUACAAAUUACAAUUUUGUAUAAGUUAGUAUGCAUCUACUGCCAUUUAGUUUUACGUUUGCGCUGCUUUACACAGUAGUGGCUGUUUUGGCAGCGUCUGAUGGCAAGAAUACCGGAAUCAAGGGCGGUGGCGGCAUGGAACAAAUAGGCUCCGGAGAUCUUGGCGACAACCCACCAUUAACACCUGAACUAUUCCCGGACCGCAGCGGCUUUAACGCAAAGGGCAGCACAUCCGGCAAAGGCGACUCCUCCCGACAAUAUACUCCCAACCCAAUGUACUAUGCCAACGCCAAAUAUAAAACUGUCAAAUAUGGUCAGAAAAUCAAACCGUACAAGUUUGCGUCUCAUUCGCCUGCAAUUUACUACGCAUCCAAUACUCGCAGCGAGUACUCGGGUGCUUGGGGCUACGGAUACUACCUCAUGUAUCCAUACCCGCAUUGGGCAUAUGGAUCUGGAAUACACUAUGGCUCGAUGUUUUUGAGAACAGAGUAUACAAGAAGAGGCAAAUAUAUUACACAGCUGCGCAAUAUGACUGUUGUCAACAGCACCAAUGUUCCGUUAUUUGGUGACCAGGAUAUUUUUAAUAACGGGAAGAACAUUGUGUUUACUGAUAGCAACAUUGGAGUUUUGAGUAUUUCCCCGUGUGGACAGUCUUCAAGCUCAGAGCUACAAGUCGCAGAUGGUGAUUGUAGUAAGAUUGUUCUUGAUAUUGCCCAUGGUGUGGUGGUUUCAGGAAACGCAGAGGUUGUGAUUGAGGAUGAAGUGGUGUUCUUCAGGCUAAAUUUAGGCAAUUCAAUCACGACGCUGCGGACACACAAAAAGGAAAUAAGCUCACUUGCGGUUUUAAUUAUCGGAGCGAUAUUUUGGUCUAUUCUUUCGGUUAUUAUAAUUGUGAAGCUGGCGAAAAGUGUUUAUAAGAGAAUAAAACUAGCUAAGAGCUAACGGCGCCAAGCAAUACAGCCAGUAUAGGUAGUAUAUUUUCCAUCCAGGGUUUUACUAGGUUAUAUUGACUUUGCCAAACCUUGGGUUGUUUUAAGUAUUGGCAGCAAAGAAAUUAAUGUUUGUUUUUUAACCAUGUGAGAACAUAUGAAAGGACCAAAAUGGAAGAUUUCGUCCCAUGCUCUCCUCAUGGAGAAAUGAAACACCAAAUUUUCUAUCAACUUAUAUACAG